UAAGGAGGAGUCUUUCCAAUUGGACGAGAAAGUUUGUACUGUGAGUUUUUCCCUCCAGACCGCUCGCCUUGAAAUCCGAGGGGACGUGUGGAGGUGAAGGUCGGAAAUGCUUCCCCCAAAUGGCGUAAACAAAGCCAAACACACGGGCGGCGCGUAAAAGCACCAUCAACAUGUAAACAAACAAGGAAGGCAACCUCUGCGUUUUUGUUUUGAGGAUGUCUAAAGAUAUCGUACCCGCUCUGGAAGCUAUCCAGGCCACUAUUGACUCGACGAAGAAACAACAGGGGCUGACAGGCGCCGCGCGUGUCAAGGCGCUUGAGAAGGAGUUGGAACAGUUGGAUGCUAUAAACGAGUCCAUCGAGUCUCUAAUAGACUCCAUGCAGCUAACGUCUGGCAAUCUCGAGACGAUCCUGACCACCUCGACGUCAACAAAUGCUCUUUUGGACCUCUGGAUCAAGAUUCUAUCACAGACGAGCUAUACGGCGAAUCUGCUGAGCGAUAAGAACUGGAAAGGCCUGACGAGAAACGAGGAGGAGUAUCAACAGCAGCUCAAGAGGUUUGAAGUGCUGAAUAAGAGAUACAACGCAGAGAAGCUGAAGAGAGAGCAAGAACAAGAGGCAGAAAGAGAAAAGAGACUGCAAUCAGAACAGAGAAAGAAGGAGAGGGAGGAAACACUAAGGAGAAGAGUAUAUGGAAGUAGAAGCUCAACCACAAGGCCAGCGACAUCGACAGCGACAGUGACAUCGACAACGACAACGUCGAAGACACCAACCAGAAGGACAACUACAAGGAGAUGACUCUCUAUAAUCACCGGAGAAAAUUACUUAUAAUGAAACAACUGUGAAAAUUACCUGUAUACAUAUAGUCGUUGCGACAACAAAUAGAAAACACCCACACCGGAAUAACAAAUUCAAAACAAAGGUAUAUAUAACUCAAGCCUCUUCCUCCUUAGCUUCUGGUUCAAUGACAACCAAAAGAUCAGAAGCGUCAACGUUGUCACCCUCCUUGACCAACACAUCAGCA